AUGGAGCUCCUUGAUGAUAUUGGAGGCAUAGAUUGUCAAAGGUGGAUCUUUAUUUAUGAUCAACAAAAGGGAUUGAUGUCAGUUUUCGAUGAUAUCUUGAAUGGAGUGGAGCACAGACUUUGUUUACGCCAUUUGUACAACAAUUACAAGAAAAAAUUUGGUGGUGGCUUGCUCAUUAGAGACCUUAUGAUGGGUGCUGCAAAGGCAACAUACCAUAAGGAAUGGGAAAAAAAAAUGAGUGAGUUAAAAAAUGUGAAUGUUGAUGCUUUUAAUUGGUUGAUGAGUAUACCCACUAGAAUUUGGUGUAAACAUGCUUUUAGUGCAUAUCUUAGGUGUGAUGUGUUCAUCAAUAACUUAUCUGAGUCUUUUAAUAGUACAAUUCUAGUAGCAAGAGACAAACCUAUAAUUUCAAUGAUGGAAUGGAUUAGGUCAUACAUAAUGAGUAGGUUUGCCAGCCUUAGAGAAAAAGUUGAUACAUAUUCUGGUGAUGUUAUGCCUAAACCAAGGAAGAGGUUGGAUAAAGAGGUUGAAAAGAGUGGCAAUUGGCUUCCUGUUUGGGCAGGAGGUUCAAAAUUUGAAGUAACUCAUGGCUUUACAAUGGAUAAGUUCAUAGUAGAUUUAAGUAAUCACACUUGUACUUGUUACUUUUGGGACUUAGUGGGAAUCCCAUGUAGACAUGCUGUUGCGACAAUUCAUUACAAAUUAGAAAUCCCAGAACAAUAUGUUCAUCCUUAUUAUAAGAAAGAUGCGUAUAGAACUUGUUAUGCACCUAUCAUAACUCCUAUCAAUGGCCAACAACUUUGGCCUACAUCCGAGUCUGCACCACUACUUCCUUCCAUAUAUAAAACACCUCUUGGGAGGCCAAACAAAUUAAGAAGGCGUGAAACUGAUGAGUAUGUCAGCCACUCAAAAUUGUCCAAGAAACAAAUUGCAAUGAAAUGUAGCAGUUGCAAUGCUUAUGGCCACAAUGUUAGAAGUUGUAAAAAGGGGCAGAAAAGCAAGGAAAUAAGGAAUGCCUCUGCAACAACUUCUACUUCAGCUGCAAGACGAUCUGCAUCAACUGGAAGGGCUGGAUGUGCAUCAGUUGGAAGGGCUGGAUCUGCAUCACCUGGAAGGGCUGCAUCUGCAUCAGCUGGAAGGAGAUCAAGAAGAGAUGAGGAAGACAUCCGUCUAGGGGGAACAAGACUGGCUGGACACAUUAUAGGGUCUCAAGCAAGUUGCAAUUGA